AAGGGUAGCUUCAAAGAAGCUAGCAUUCCUUUUCGGAAAAUGAUAGCAGACAAUGUAGAAUACAGGGAGAAGAACAACGUGACCAGGAACGAUUUUUUUAAUCUUCUCAUGCAAAUUAAAAAUAAAGGAUUCGGUGAUGGAGACAAACCGCAAAUAGGAAAAAAUACGGAACGAAUCGAUUUUUCAUUGGAGGACCUGGCGGCAGAAUGUCUUGGCUUCUUCGCUGGGGGCUUCGAGACUUCGGCGUCCACAAUCAGCUACAGCUUAUACGAACUGGCGCUGCAUGAGGACAUCCAAAGUAAUCUGCAGCUGGAGAUAGACUCUGUGCUGCAGCGACAUGACGGCAAUAUUACGUACGACGGCAUAGCGGAGAUGUCCUAUCUCGACAAAGUGGUGUCUGAGACGCUCAGGAAGUACCCUCCGCUGUGUUUCCUGAACCGCGACUGCGUGGAGCCCUACAGGAUCCCGGACAGCGACGUCGUCGUGGACAGAGGAACGGGAAUCCUCGUCAGCCUCUUCGGCCUCCACUACGACCCGGAGCACUUCCCUGACCCAGAGCGCUACGACCCCGAGAGGUUCUCAGAAGAGCAGAAGGCCAAGAGGAACCCUUACGUGUACCUUCCAUUCGGGGACGGGCCUCACAUCUGCAUUGGUAAGAGACUCGGUUUGCUGCAGACCAAAGUGGGACUUGUGAACAUCCUGUCCAAGUGCAGCGUGCGACCUACGGAGAGGACGACCAGGCACGUCACCUACAACAGCAGGGGUCUAAUGCUCGUGCCCACAAAGGAAAUCGAACUGAAAUUUGUGAAACGAUGAUUGGAAAUUCAGUACCAGCCAGCCAGAAUCUUAAAGACACUCUGUGGCUGAAUCGUCUGAUUACUUUGCAGCAGUACUGUUUUUAAUAAUAAAAUACACUUACAAAGCCAUUUUCACACAUUUAUAUUGCUCCUCCCAUUACGGACAGUGUCGCCAAAGCUUACAGUGAUUGCUGCACAGUGCUCAACGCAGGCUCAACUCUCGUAUUCAGAUCACUGAACUUUCUCUCUGCCUCCACAAGCAGAUUGUACCAUUCUGGAAAUAAACUGCAACUUUUUGCAUGAGUACACAAUGUUUUCAACUCACCUGUCCGUGACUAAAAAUAUUAUCGGUUUAGUUAACUGCAUCAGAUAAGACUGCUGUAUCCAUCAUUCAACCAUACCAAGCUUUACCAGUGUAGCUUCUAAAAACUACUUCUUAUAUAAGGGCAGUCCAAUGAAAAGGUGAGAGGUUGAAAAAGUAAGUAAACUGUUCAUUAUUUCAAAAUUAAUGGCGAUAACUGUUCAUAAAUUCAUCACACUGUGAGACAAGGAGGUCAAUACCCUCAUUGAAAAAUGUUUGCUGUUGCCUACGAAGCCCUGAUUGAACCCAGGCGUCCACCACUUCGUCCGAAGCAAAUAGCCGACGGCCACGAAUGUCCUUCUCCCGGAUCCAAAAAUAUGGAAAUCAAAUCGGGAGUGAUCGGGACUGUAUGGAAGUCGUUUAAGGGUUUCCCAGCGAAACUUCUGCUGUGCAGUCGAUACAGUCUUGGCAACAUGUGAGCGGGUAUUAUUAACCUGAAACAUAAUGGUGUCCGUCUACCACGUACCGCUGUGUGUUGAUUGUUUCUCCAUGUUCCAGAAAGUUAAUCAACAGUCGGUCGUGGUACCCAAAGAAAAUAAAUGGUCAUCGUGAGUUUCUCGGACCAAGCAUGCCUGUAGAAGUUUCGCUGGAAAGACCUUACACAUUCGCCAUACAAUUAUGAUCUUUCCCUAUGCGAGUGCUACACUUUUGGAGCCCUGAAGAAUGACAUUCGCGGCCGUCGAUUUGCUUCGACGACGGGGCACACGCCUGGGUGCAAUUAAGAUCUCUUGGUCAAUCGCUAACAUUUUUCCACGAAGGCGUUCACCGUCUUUUCUCACGGUUUGAUAAAUGUAUUAACAUCUAGGGUGAUUGGUUAUGAAAUAGUAAACAAUUUUCUUACUUUUUUUCGUUGUAUCUAGUUUUCAGUCGUCUGCCCAUUACAUACAUCUGUGACUCAGUAAAAUGUGUGUGACCCAUACAAUAACUGUUAUUGUAGGUAAAAUGUUAAUAAUAACAGUAAUAACAAUAAUAAACACAGCAGCUUGCCGUGGCGAUCCGAGAGAGAGUGUUAAGUAUGCACAACAAUGAGAAGCACUUUCUGAAAGUUUAAAUGAAUUACAGAAGCAGUAAAAUGAGCAUUUGGACCCAUGAAUUGAACACGUAAUGACAUGAUGGAGGGACAGGAUGGUGGUAUGUGUGCUAAGAGGACAGGGAAUAACUAUCGUACGAAAUUGGUGUAGUCUAGAAUAAUGUUUGCGGUUGAGAGAAUGAAAUUGUAUUUCUUUAUUACGACUAUUGCAGACAGUUGUAGAGGCAAGUUAACGUAAGUCACAUACGGAGGACAUUGACAGACGCUCUUUAAUAGCAGAGAUGGAUCAUCACACCAAAGAAAACUUGUCAGUCUAAGGUGAAUGUGUGCGCAGUCGAUAUUGAUCGUUACGAACUCCCCAUACUUCCGUGGUACUAGAAGGAGCUGCAGAGAUUAAAAAUUGUAGAGGAAGACAGAGACUGGAAUACAGCCAACAAAUACCUGAAGGCAUAGGGCGCAAUUGUUACUCUUAGUCGAAAAACUUGGUACAAGAAAGGAAUUCGUGCCGAUCCUCAUCGAACCAAUCAGAAAGCUGAGGACUCAAAAAAUAAAUAAAUAACUAAAUAAAAGAAACUACAAAUAAAGUUGAAAACUCAAUACAGUUCCAUUUAUGUUGUUUUCUAGUUUCAUACUUGAUACCACACUCUACAUUUGACACUUUUACAAAAUGAUUUCUUGUUAUUUGUUCUAUUUCUUUACUCCUAGAAUUAAAAUCCAUUCCUUCGUUUCCUUUCUGACAAUGACAGCACUAAUUACAUGUCAA